GUGUCCGGAUUUCGCUUCGAAUGUUUUCGAUGGUGUCGUUGUGAUUACCGUGCGCUUGUGAAUUGUAGCUAAAUGUGAUCAAAUGGCGGAGAGGUUUUCUCGGUUUCAUGACGUUCGAGAUUAUCAGGGUAAAGGAGUUGAUGUCUAUGAUGACAACCUCAUCGAGCUUGAGCAGUCUUCUCUUGCUGAGCCAAUUACACAGGACAAUCUCGGCUACCAGCUGCUGCUGCGACAUGGCUGGAAGUCCGGACAGGGCCUGGGCAAGAAUGAGCAAGGGCGCACCGAUCCCUUGACAAUCAUCCUCAAGGAAGACAACAUGGGAUUUGGACGAAUGGAGAUGGAAAUGGACUACGCAGAGGAGACAACAGAGAAAAGGAGAACACUGGAGAUUGAGAAGGAGGAGACGGAAGAGCUCAAACUUAAGUACAAGGCCGUUCAAGAGAAAGAAAAGGUAGCUCAGGAGGCCUUGGCGACCCUGAAGGCCAACUUCUACUGCGACCUCUGUGACAAACAGUACACAAAGCAUCAGGAGUUUGACAACCACAUCAACUCUUAUGACCAUGCUCACAAACAGAGACUCAAGGAGCUCAAGCAGCGGGAGUUUGGACGCAAUGUGCUGUCCAAGGUGAAACGUGAGGACAAGGGCCGUGAGAAGGAGCAGCGACGUCUCCAGCAUUUGGCAGAGCUAAGAGCUCAUGUGGCAGUGAUACGGGGACCCAGCGAAAUGGGAACUGGAGAAAAGUUUAGAGGACGUUUCCAGCAGCUGGACUACGUUGAUGAAACAAAGCCACAAGCAUCAUCACAGUUUCCCACUCUCUAUGACAGUGACGAAUACCAGCAGGACACCAAUGAAUGCCAGCAAGACAUCAAUGAAUGCCAGCAAGACAUUGAUGAAAGCCAGCAGGAAGCCGAUGAAAACCAGCAGGAAGCAGAUGAGAGCCAGCAGGAUGCCGAUGAAAGCCAGCAGGAUGCCGACGAAAGCCAGCAGGACUCCAGCAAUGCCAAUUCAUGUGACGAUGAAAUCAAUGCGAAAAAGGAACUAGACCUUGACAGCCAAGCUCAGAGUCCACCAGGAAGUGUUCCAGAACACAAAGAAGAAGCAAGCAUCCCACAAACAACAUUCUUUGCUGAUUCUAACAUAUUUGAACUGCCACCACUGCCUAGUGAGAUUCCCUUUCCCACCGACAUUCCACCUCCCCCACCCCCACCUCCAUUUUUAAUUCUUACCCUUUUAGACCCUGGUCGAGAAAAGUACUCGCCAGAAGAGCCUACACCUGCUCUUCCAGAGCCUGCUCUACCUCAAUUGCCACAACCUACGGUGCCCGACUUGCCACAGCCUUCAGUGUCCGAGCUGCCACAGCCCUUGGUGUCCGAGGUGCCUCCACCUCCUGCCCCACCUACGGAGGCACUCUUGCCUGCAAUAGAGCCACCCCUCAUCGAGGAGUCCAAGUCUAAGCUGCUCAUUGGCAAAGCAUUGGCAAAGAAGCGACUCAUCGCAUUCUCUUUGACUUCAAACCAGCCCCUGCAGAAAGCCCUCGAAGUGAAGAGGAAGAGGGCAGCUACUACAAUCACAAAGCCAGUCAAGGGUGCCUUGUCAUUCAGCUUUGCUCAGAAAAACAUUGGAAAAGUGGCACCCAUUUCAAGUGCACUGUUCAAGGAAGACGAUGACCAGCCUGAUAAGGAAGGCCCAGAAGUGACUGCUGCAGCUACAACAAGUGAAGAGGCACAGCCGGGUGAUGCUACAAGUGCUGAAGAACCUGAGAAAAACGGGAAGCCAUUCACCGAACCUGAGCAACAGGAAGACAGGAACUUUUACUUUGUGUCCCCUCCCAAGAGGUUAAGGGUGAAGCCAAAGUUCGAAUUUGUGAAGUUUUUGAAGAGUGAUAAGUUUGAGCUCAAGCUUCCUGAUGAUGCAGUGGAAGGAGUUCCAGAGAAAAAAAUUAAAAAUGAGUCAGAGGAUGCAACCAAGAAACUAGUUGAUGCCACAGGCAGUAAAGCAGAUUCUGAAGAAAGUCAUGGAGAUGCGAAGAAAAAGCAGCAGCCUUCUAAAGUUAGUGACAGGAGUGAAGGGUCUGCCAAAAGUAAGACAGAGUCUCUCGAUGUCUCAUCUCGAAAUGGCAGGAAGAAGAAAGAAAGUGCAACUAGUGGUUCCAAAACAGAAAAGGAUUGCGGCAGAAGUCCUCGCAGCGGUAAGCACUCCAGAGACAGGAAAAGUCGUUCCCGUGAACGUAAAAGGAGUUGUUUAAAAGACAAGAAACGAAGCCAAUCAAGGGAGCGAAGGAGAAGUAGAUCCAGGGAUCGACGAAAGGGGCAAUCACGAGAGCGCCACCGCAGCCGUUCCACACGAGAUAAAAAGAGGAGCAGUUCCAAGGAUGGAAAGCAAAGUCGCUCUAGAGACAAAAAGGCAAGCCAUGCCAAGGACACAAGAAGGAGCAGGUCGAGGGAGCGGCAGAGGAGCAAGUUCAAGGAUAGAGGCAAAGACAGAGACACUCAUAAGACUGGGAAAGAAGCCAAGCAGCGGUCACUGAGCAGGGAGCGAGUAAGUCACUCAAAGGGCCAUGCAAGAAGCAAUGCUGACAGUCAGAAGAAAAAAGAGAUGUCAACAGAUUGCAAGAAAAGUGAAGAAAAGCAUGCCACUACUAAUGACCAUAAGAAGGAGGACACAGUACGGAUGGAAACAGCAAGUGCAGAGCCACAGGCUUCGAGUCCAGAGGCACCUCUGGAUGAUGGCACUACAGAAGCAAUGAAUGGUGAGGAAUCUCAUAAUGCAGAAGAAGAGAAGGCUGCUAGAGGGCCCAGACAUUUGCCAGAAACCACUUGCAAGCAAGACAAAAAGCAAGCUUUCGAUUUGACCAUUUUGCAAACUGCAUGUCAUAAAAAACCUGAUGAAGCAGGUGAAUGCUUAGAAAAAAAGGAGCUAGUGAUAAACCUGAUGUGCAAGGACAGCCCACUCGAUACUCUUGGAGAAGCAGACAGUUUUGACAGUGCAGACAUGUUUCAGCGUUCACCAUGUAAGCUUUCAACAGUGUCGACUGAGAAGGUGUCACUUUGUGACGACAAAAUUGAGACUCGUGACGAAAUUGCUGAGCAACACAAUUUUUUAGCAACCUGCUCUGUCAAGUUGGAUGAAAGUGACAGUGAGAGCAAACUUUGCCAGAAGCCGAAGUCUGAUUCCCCAUCACAGAUAUGCAUUGACAAACUGUUGCCUGAAGAAGCACAGAAAACUCAUGAAGACACAGGAGCAAUUGGUCAGAAACAACUUGAAAGUCAAACUGAGAAGCUUAAGGAAGCUAGUGAUGACUCUGGAAGUUGUGAUGAUCCCAUUAAGGCACAGCAGAAGUUCUUAGAGGAAAUAGAAGCUAUCAAGAAAAGCACCCUUGUGGCAGUGCAGAGACAGAACUCGGAAAGCAAGAAGGAAGUUUCAGGAAAUAACAGAAAAGAUAGCAAAGCAAGUAAACUGAAGAAGCCAAAGCCUGAAAGUACAGAGUUACCAACCGUGGACCUCAUAGCCCCUCUCAAGGCGAAAACUGCCAAGGCAGCUAAGGAGAAACGGAAGACCACAAAAGACAAGCCACAGGAAAAGAAGAAAAAGAAACGAAAGAUGAGGCCUAAAGCAUCUAGUUCGCGCUCAUCAUCAUCAUCAUACUCCUCAUCAUCAUCAUCUUCAAGUUCAUCACGUAGCAGCAGUUCAGGCACGAACGUAGCUCAAGCAGUUCAGGCAGUGGCUCAGACUCUGAGAGUUCCAGCAGCUCGUCUUCUUCCAGCUAUAGUUCAAACAGCUCUAGCAGCUCAUCAUCUUCAUCCUCUUCUUCUUCGGAGUGCCCUCAGAAACUGA